GUUGUAUACGUCAUCAGUUCCACUGAUUGCUAUGGAACAGCGUGGAAUCAGUGCGGCUCCUCAGCGGCGACUGAAUCACUGAAUAACUGAGUUUUUUUACAUAUAAAAAGUGUUUUAGGUUCCUUUGGUCCAGGUGGAGAUGGAGCACAAGGUGUACAUCUUGUUCCUUUGUGGAUUUUUUUGUUUUAACGUGUUUGCUCACGGAGCCAGACAGGGCCAGGACAUCAAAUGUGGAGCUUGCAGAGCAUUAGUUGAUGAAAUGGAAUGGGCCAUAUCUCAAGUAGAUCCAAAGAAAAUGAUCCAAACGGGAUCAUUUAGGAUAAAUCCUGAUGGCAGCCAGUCCAUAAAAGAGGUUCCUCUUGCCCGUUCUGAGGGUCAUCUUCUCGAACUAAUGGAAGAAGUGUGUGACAGGAUGAAGGAUUACGGGGAACGCGUGGAUACUACCACUAAUCGUAAGACAUAUGUGAGACAUACCUCACGCGACGGCACCUCCAUGGAUCUCUCCGAUGUGACCUUAGACACAAGAGUCAGCGCCAGUUUAAAGUUUGCUUGUGAAACGAUUGUUGAGCAGAAUGAGGACGAAAUUAUUGAAUUCUUUGCUCAUGAAACGGACAACGUUAAAGACAAGCUCUGCAGCAAGAGAACAGAUCUUUGUGACCACGCACUUAAGAUACCUCACGACGAGCUAUAACAUCACAGAACUACCUGCCACUGUAAAGAACUGAUCAUCGGUGGUCUCACUCCAGCACACUUGAAUUUGUGAUGCAGUGUCUGUGUGAUCAGAUUUGAUCUUUUAGGUUGGAUUAAAUGUGAAAUUGCAUAUUUCAUUGCAUAUGUUAGCAUUUAAUCCAGUCUAAAAUGAACUGGCCACAGACCUUUGUUUAUGUUGGAUAUUAUUUUUUAAAAUCUGGUUGUGUAUUAUGUUCAGGCUGAUUGUCCACUGUGCAUUGGGUGCUAUGAACACAGCUCAAGCUCGUGUUCAUUUGUCUACAGUGUGACGGAAUUAAAGUUGUAUUUCAAUUUAAAAGUGUUGGGGAAAACUGUAUGCGUCGUAUAUGCAAGCUGGUCUCUAAAAACUGCCUCAAGUAUUAUUUGUUAACAUCCACUUUUUAUUUUAGUGUUUUUAGUGAGCCACAAAGCCCUGUUGAUGAAUCUUUUUUUUUCUUUGCAAGGUUUAAUCUGUGUUUCUUUCUGCUUUUCAUGUUGAUUGCAUUUAUAGUGGGAAGUUAACUGAUUUCUUUUUAUUUCCUGUAACUUUAUUCUUUCUUAUUUAAGGACAGGUUUCUCUGUCUUUUGAAUAUAUUUGGCUUUUUCCACUUAGAGGCGCAAUUUGUCAGACUUGGUACUCUUACAAUUAUAUGACCUCCAGCUCCUGUUGUUUGAUAAGGAUUUAUGAAGCCUUUAUUUCUACAAAAAUGGUUUCCAUUGAUGCCCUUUGGAAAAAUAAAAUAUACAUUUUGUGUA